GGAAUAAUUUUAUGUUUCUAAGGUUGGCGUAACCGAUUUCACGAAAUUGGAUUCUUAUCAGGUUUACUGUUACAAAAAAGGUUGUACUCUACCAGUCCAAAAAAUAUUCCAAUUUACCUUCGUACCUGAAUUUGAAGUAUUGAAUACACUUACACUGAGUAAGUAUUUAUGAAUUUUGUUUUAUAAAUUAGUAGAAUUAUCAAACUAUGGGUAAUAGGAUGAAUAUCAAAUAUUAAAACAACAAAUUUAACAUACAAUUUGGGUAUCCACCCAGUCAAUUAAUACGUGAUAUGAUUUUGGAUUUUAGAAUCUGAGCUUAAUAUUAAUUUUUUUGUCAAUAACUCUCUGACUAUAAUUAUUGUUCCAAUGAAAAUAUUAUAAGAGGUUUCAUUUUAAUGGUUAUUAUUUUUAUUUUUCAAGCAAAAUUCAUAAUAAUUGAGAAAAACUGAAAGAAAACUUAGGAAAUAUUGAAAAGUUCAUAGUUAUUAUGUUUUUGAAAGCUACCUAAAACAUAAUUUGUUGAAAUAUAAUAAUUUGAUAAUUUAUUAAUUGUUAGGAUAGAUUCUCAAAUAAGUAUUAUACAAAACGUUUUAAAAUAUUUGGAAAUUUUUUUUUUCUACCACAUAAAAGCCAGAAUUCAACCUAGAAUGUAUAGUGCAUUAAAAAAAUAAUGUAAUAAUAAUAGGAAUAUAUGAUACAAGAUACCUUCUCUCAUGAAGAUUUGCUCUCUUUUUAUAAUUGUCCUUGUUUAUCAGAUCUUUUUUUAAAUACAUUCUAAAUGAUCCUAUGUAUUAAUAAUUAAUUUAUGGUUUUAGUUUUCUAAAAAGUGUUGCUUAGAGUAUUUAAAAUAUGUAAAUCAUAUUACUGUAUUUGGAAGUAUUUGUAUCCGUUUUUCUAUUUAGGAGUGUUAACUUUUUCAACACUAAUAAUAAUAAUAUUUCCUUUCAGAAAAUGUACUUUACUUGAAAAUCAAGCAAGAUUUCUGGUAGAAAUUAUUCACAGGUAUAGAAAAAUAAAAAAAUAACAACAUUGUAAAACCAAUAAUUUCUUGCCUUGCUUCAAAUGUAAAAAUUAAUGGUAUAAUUGACAAAUUAUUACAUUCAAUUUUAUCUAAUAAUUUGUAUGUAUUUGACCCAAAUGAAGAAAUUAUCUUCAAAUCUAACAAAAAUAUUUGUAUAAUAAUAUUGGUUGUUGAAAAUGUUUAAUCUGAUACAGAGACCAAACAUUUUUUAGAUUCUGAGUAGAGCGAAAAGAAGUUUAUGGUUUUACAAAGAUAUUUAUUUAUUUUUUUUUUAUCUGUUAACAACUUUUCUAUCAGAAGAAUUGCUUUGAUUUCUAUGUGUAGCAUCUUUUCUUAAAGGAAAUCGAUGUGGGGUGGUAUUUUAUAAAGGUAGUUUUUUGAUUUUCUCUAGUUUUCUCAUUAAAUUUGAAUAACCGAAAAAAAAAUGUGAAAGUGUAAGACAUUGUAGGUAUUAGUUAAAAUAUAUUACGGCCUUUUUUUUUUUCUGUGUACAACUUUUCAACUAAAAAUUUUGCUCUUACUUAUAUUAAUAGCAAUGUUUCUAAAACAAAGUUUCACUAGGGAGGUACUUUAAAGAGGUAAUUUUUCGAUUUUCUCAAGAGUUUUCCCAGUAAAUGUAAAAAAACGUAGGAAAAUUAGUACAACAUUAAUCAAAUAUUAUUAAAGAAAAUAUAUAAAACCUAUUGAAUUUUUUUACUAAAAAUGACAUAUAUAUUGUUGACAAAGCAUCACAUCAACUAAACUCCGCUUUUUCUUUGAAAGCAAUGAUUUAUUGUUGCUUACUGGUGUUUUAAUAAUAAUGUUGCAAAAUACAGGUGUACAUUAAAUUAUUUAUAACAGUGGCUGCAUCCGUCCCCAUUAUCCUAGAACGUUGUUUAUUUUUGGUAUAACACUUGUUGCUUUUGAAAAACUUCUUGUUAAAUCGCCGGGCCAGGGUUACAUGAUUGUUACAUGAUUGUUACAUCAUUGUUACUAGAAUGCUCUGUAUACAUGAUAUUAUAUCAAUAAUAAUAGUCAAAUCAAAUAGUACCGUUUGCGCCUAUAAAUUGUUUGCCCAGUGGUGACAUAAAGUUUGUUUUUUAGUUAUAUAUUUGUUUUUUGAAAUUUAAGUAUUUUUUUUUUUUAUUAAAAAUAAUACCUACCUAAUUGCCCUAUUUAUUUUAUGUACUUACAUAAUUUAAUUUUUGUAUUUUAUUAUAGGUUACCAAAAUGUCAGAACGUAAAGUAUUAAACAAGUACUACCCACCAGACUUUGAUCCUUCAAAAAUUCCUCGUAUGAAACUUCCAAAAAAUCGACAAUACACAGUACGUCUAAUGGCUCCAUUUAAUAUGCGAUGUAAAACUUGUGGUGAAUAUAUUUAUAAAGGAAAAAAAUUUAAUGCUCGUAAAGAAGAUGCAGAAAAUGAAGAUUAUUUGGGAAUACGUAUUUAUCGAUUCUAUAUAAAAUGUACAAGAUGUUUACAAGAAAUUUCAUUUAAAACUGACCCACAGAAUACUGAUUAUGAAAUUGAAGAAGGAGCUACUCGAAACUUCAUGGCCCUAAAACUUGCUCAAGAACAAGAAAAGAGAGAAGAAGAUGCCGAAAAAGAAGAAGAAGCUACGAAUCCCAUGAAGUUAUUAGAAAAUCGCACACAGCAGUCGAAACAAGAAAUUGAAUUAAUGGAAUCUCUUGAAGAAUUGAGAGAUUUAAACAGAAGACAAGGUACUGUAGAUUUUGAAACUAUGUUAUCAAAAUAUAAUCCUGCAGAACUAAAAGAGCAAAUUAAGCGGAUGCAAGAAGAACAAGAUGAAAAAACUGUACAAGAUUUAUUGAGUAGUAAACGUAAGAUCAAUGGUAAUGUAGUUGAAGAAAUAUUGGAUAAUGAAGAUAUUGAUACUGCAAAUAUAAAAAAAAAAUGUAUGUUUCCUUCAACAUCACAAUGCAAUGUGAAUAAAAAAGUGCCUAAACUUAACUCAUUAAACUUAGUGAAAGUUAUUAAUGUAAGUUCUAAUCAGCAAAAAAAGUCAUCUAACUCAUUAUCAUUAAUUGGAAAUUAUUCUAGUAGCGACGAUUCUAAUUAAUAGUUGAUAUUAUAAAUCUUAGUUAAUUACCUUAUUUUUGUUUAAUAUACAAAUAUUCAUAAAGAAUAUAAUUAAUUAAAUUAAAACAUUUUGAAAUUUUAGUUUUACAUAAUUGUUCUCAUAUACUAGGUACUCAUUACCCAUAUACUAGGUUAUUUUUUUCUUAAAAAUUACUAAAAUUAUCUUCUUCACAGUAAUCAUUAAAUGAAAAAAUCCUGAGUCUUGCUCAUUUUUUUCUUAUAAUUUAUUUUUAAUGUUAUUGUGUUUUCUGUAUGGUCUUAUAUGCAAAACUGUGACCUACUUGUAAUGUUUGGUGUAUAACAAAUAAAAUAUAUAAUACAUAUUUGUUUAGAUAAAUUAUGAACAAUUAACACUAAAACUAUUUGAAACAUCGCAUAAAAUACAAUUAAAAAAUGCAUGAUAUUGAAUUGAAUAGGUGCAAUGGACUAUCUAAUUUCUGCUGUUUUUAUUUAGUGUUUGAAGCAAUAUGAGAAUGGUUUUCAUAGCUAUGGCUCAGUCAAUAUAUUCAUAUUAUACUAUUUGGAGUUGGACUGGUGCCUACAAUAUAAACCUUAAUACACUUGAAACCAUUAUAAAAUAAAUGCUGGUGUUGAUUUUUGUUGCUGGGUAUCAGAGCCAAGUUGAUGGUAUUAGUUAUACUAGUAAAUUGCUUUUGCUUGUUAGCUGCAAGCAGAUACUAGUAUAUGCAUGAGCAGACUACCAUCAUCUGCCCCAAAUUGACUUUAUAUUGAUUUAUACACCAGCCAUAGGAAAUAAAUAAACCACUAUAAAUUCUUCUAUUAUAAUAUCAUUUAAAAAACACUGUAUGAUGAGCACUAUAUUGUUAUAUAGAAAAUUUAAUUUAUUAAAUUUAACACAAUUAUAUGCGCGACAUGUAUUAUCUAAUAUACUUUUUCUUGAUAUUCAAAGAUUUAAAUUUAAAUAUGAAUAUUGUUCAAGAGCAAAAUAAACUAAUAUGUAUUUAAUUCCUAAAUAUAGAACUGAAUUUGGAAAAAGAAAUCCUAUUAAUGCUGGAAUUAAAUAUAGAUAUUUUAGUAUGUAUACAAUCUUUAGAUUUUAUAAAAAAGCGGCAAUUGAAAAAAAUUAACUACUAGCUUAGAUAAUAUUACUAUAGUUAAACUCCAAUUGGAUUGUUAUGUUUAUUCUGUAAUUCUUAAUUAUUUAAAAAUUAUAUAAUUAUGAUAAGUUAUAAUCACAAAAUCAACCAUAAUUAAUAAAUUAUCUAUUGUAUAAUAGUUAUUUUAAGAACCUUGUCUCGACAACAAGCCUAAUUUACAGUGACAAUCAUUAUAUAUUAAUGUUAUUUAAGUAUGUAUAAAUAUUUUGUAAUAAUAUACAUAUAUGUAUGUCAUACAUUUUUUAAUGAAAAAAAUUAUUAUAAUAUAGGUCUGGACCGUGAUAUGAAGUAUGAAAAAUUUCACUGUCUAGUCCCAAUAAAUGACAAUACAUUUGUCAAUUGAAUAAAUAUUUUCAUCAAUAACACCAAAGAUUGGUAAUAGUAUUUGGAGGUUUUCUUUUUAGUGAACUUAAUAGCAUGUAUGGCCA